CGCGCCGUGGUCCUGACGUGUCCCUCUCCCCCGGAUUAUUCUGGAUGGUUCUGAGGUAGCUCGCGCCAUGCUCGACUUCUUCACCAUCCUCAGUAAGGGUGGCAUCGUGCUCUGGUGCUUCCAGGGCGUCAGCAGCCCCUUCAGCGGCACCGUCAAUGCGCUCAUUCGGAGCGUCAUCCUCCAGGAGAGAGGAGGAAAUAACUCUUUCACUCAUGAAGCCCUCACUCUUAAAUACAAACUGGACAAUGAGUUUGAGUUGCUAUUUGUGGUGGGCUACCAAAAAAUUCUGACACUAACGUAUAUAGACAAGUUUAUUGAUGAUAUCCACAUGCAAUUUCGGGAUAAAUAUAGGAACCAGUUGCAGCAGCAAGGGGUGAUGGGCCUCCUCAAUGGUUCCUUUGAUUUUUCGGAUGACUUCAGAGGGCUCCUGAGAGCUGCUGAGGAACGCACCAAAGGAAAAGCACCUUCUGUAAUGAAGACAUUUGAACAAUCCGAUAAAUCAAAGAAAACUGUGAAAUCUAUGAUAGAAGUCCGUGGAGAAAAGGGGAAGGAGAACAAGAAGAACAAGAAAGAUGCACCUGUACAAGAUGCACCGGAAAAGAAAAUGGAAGGUCAGUUAAAGGCUCCUGCGACGGUGGCUGCAGGAGAUGCCAACCAAAAUGGUUUGACUCAGGAAGAAAUCAUCCAGAGGAAUAGGGAGGAAUUUUUCCGUAAAAGACAGGGGAAAGAUAAAAAAGACAGCAGCAGCAAGUCCCCUAAGCCAACAAAGCCGAAAACCCGUCGUGUCUGGCCACUGGAUUCCAACAAAACUAAUGCCAAAGAUCUUGACUACAGCGAGAAACUUGUCAAUGGUCAAUCCAGCACCUAUGCCAAUAACGGAGGUGACACCAGUGUAGAUAUGAAUUUGUGCCGUGGAUCAAUGGCAGGAGAUUUGAAAGCUGUAGAUUAUGAGAGCUCUGAAGAGCAAGAAGAAGAGGAAGAAGAAGUAGUUCAAGAGACUUCUCACAAUGGCGUGAAGAAGAGAGGUGGAUUUGGUGGCAUGUUUGGAAUGCUGAAGGGCCUGGUUGGAUCUAAAAGUCUUACCCCGCAAGACAUGCAGCCUGUCCUUGAAAAGAUGAAAGAUCACUUGAUUGCUAAAAAUGUUGCUGCAGAUAUCACAGUCCAGUUGUGUGAAUCAGUGGCCAAAAAGCUGGAGGGAAAAGUCAUGGGAACCUUCAGCACGGUGACCUCGACAGUGAAGCAGGCCUUGCAGGAUUCCCUUGUUCAGAUCUUACAACCAAAGAGACGUGUCGAUAUCUUACGUGACAUUAUCGAAGCUCAAAAACAGAGGCGUCCCUUCGUUAUUACUUUUUGCGGUGUGAAUGGAGUUGGGAAGUCUACCAACCUCGCCAAGAUAACCUUCUGGCUGAUGGAGAAUGGGUUUCGGGUUCUUAUUGCUGCUUGUGACACUUUCCGAGCUGGAGCUGUAGAACAGCUUCGCACCCACACCCGCCGUCUGAGUACCCUGCACCCACCUGAGGAACACAAUGGCCAGUCCAUGGUCCAGCUGUUUGAAAGAGGAUAUGGGAAGGAUGCUGCUGGCAUUGCAAUGGAGGCCAUUGCUUUUGCUCGAAAUCAGAGCUUUGAUGUGGUGCUAGUGGACACUGCAGGCCGAAUGCAGGACAACACCCCUUUGAUGACUGCACUUGCCAAACUCAUUGCCAUUAAUGUGCCAGAUCUGGUGCUUUUUGUUGGUGAAGCAUUGGUGGGGAAUGAGGCAGUCGAUCAAUUGGUCAAGUUUAACCAGGCUCUGGCUGACCAUUCAAUGGCUGAGAAACCACGGCUGAUCGAUGGCAUUGUACUGACUAAAUUUGAUACAAUUGACGACAAGGUUGGUGCUGCCAUUUCUAUGACCUACAUCACUGGCCAGCCAAUAGUCUUCGUUGGAACUGGACAGACCUACAAUGACUUACGCAGCCUUAAUGCCAAGGCUGUCGUCAGUGCUCUAAUGAAGGCUUAAGUCCCUGCUUUUCACUAUUGUCUUAAUGCAGCAUAACUGCCACUGGAUUACCCUUUUCCAGCCCAUCACUGAUUUUUCCCUGCAUAUUGAAGGAUUGCUGAAUACAUUAUGACACCAUUUAUUCAAAUGCAACACUUCAGCAUCAGUGUGCUGCAAUUCCUUUCCAACUUGCUCUUUUUAAAAAAAAAUGGAUGCACAGCAAAGUCUACCACCACAUCACUGAAAAGAGAUCUACUGCUUUCCUUUUGUAAAAACCCAUGUCUUUUAACCUAGUGCAAUAAACUUCAGUACUGGCUGCCUGUGAAUUAGAGAACUUGUAAAGAGAAUUUAUUAAAUAAAGCUGCUAUCAUUGUCAGCUG